CAGUCGGACAUAAUUAUUGUUCAGUUCCGGAGCCUGCAGCUAUGGACUUAUCCCUAUGUGAAAAUGAGGAGUUGAAGAGAGAGAUAGAAGAUCUGCGGAAACAGCUGGAGCAGGCCAAGGUGAAUAACCGCUUUGGCCUCCAGAGAUUUGCGGGGUCUGAUGAGGAUAUUCGCUUUUACACAAGAUUUGCAACCUAUAAACACAUGAUGGCCUUCUGGGAACAGAUUGAACCUUCAACACACAGGAUGAUUCGCGUCACCAGCUCCAAAGUCACCAGGGAGACUGGGCUAUAUGUGAAGACUCGGGCACUUCCUGCAAUUGAUGAAUUCUUCCUCUUCAUGAUGCACCUUGCUUUGGGCCUCAAGCAGAAAGACCUGGCUCAUCGCUUCCAUGUCCAUCAGACUACAGUGAGCCGCAUCAUAACCACUUGGGCGAACUUCCUCUAUUUUCUUUUAGGUUCCGUGCAAAUUUGGUUGCCGAAAGAGAGAGUACGAGCCUACCUGCCAGAGGAAUUUGAGAAUUUCCGAGACACCCAGGUUAUCCUGGACUGUACCGAGCUCCGCUGCCAAACGCCUUCGUCUCUGUUAUUACAGAGUGAGGUCUUUUCCAACUACAAAUCUCACUGCACCUUCAAGGCUUUGAUAGGAAUGGCACCUCAUGGUGCAGUAACUUUUGUCUCUGGACUGUAUGCGGGGUCAAUCAGUGACCGGGAGCUGUUCAAGCAAUCAGGGAUCAUCGACAUCCUUACCCCUGACAUGGCCAUAAUGGUGGACAAGGGCUUCUUAAUUGAUAACCUGGUACCAUGCAAAAUCCACAGGCCUGCUUUUAUGACCAAGGGCACACAAAUGUCUGCCAGUGAGGUGAGACACACUCAGUCUGUGGCCAGGCUCAGGGUGCAUGUUGAACGCCUGAUCCGGCGGGUGAAGGAACAUAAGUUGUUUGACGCAGUCAUCCCCAUGUCCAUUUCUGGUAGCAUUAAUCAACUGUUUGCCGUGUCAUGUCUUCUCAUUAACUAUCAGAAUGGACCACUUGUCAAGGCAUGGGCCCAGUGAGUCUACACAGUCAUUCUUGUCUGUGUACUAAGUCUUUUAAAGUCUUUAUUUGGCACAUUGAAAUGUUGUAAAUAUACUGUUGUAAAUAUGGUCUGGAAACUGUCUAAUUUUCUUACUAUGAUUGCCUAAUAGAU